UGCAAAUAAAAGGAUAGUUAUUUCUUUCCUAACAAGAAAGCUAGUUGCAAAACUCUUAUAAAUUCAAUUAUGACUGCAGACCUCCUAAUUAUCCCCUAAAUCGAAGGAAACCUCUUUCAGAGCGAAAAGAAUCUCUGCGAACUAACCAAGAAUACAUCAUCAUCAUCAUGAGUAACCAAGCUGAAUCAUCGGAAUCGAAGGGGACGAAGAGAGAUUUUAGUACGGCCAUUCUCGAGAGGAAGAAGUCGCCUAAUCGGUUGGUUGUUGAUGAAGCAAUCAAUGACGACAACUCCGUUGUGGCUCUUCACCCUAACACUAUGGAGAAGCUCCAACUGUUUCGCGGUGAUACUAUCAUGAUCAAGGGUAAGAAAAGAAAGGACACAAUCUGCAUUGCACUUGCGGAUGACACAUGUGAAGAACCUAAGAUUAGGAUGAACAAGGUUGUUAGAAACAACCUCAGAGUCAGGCUUGGAGAUGUUGUCUCGGUGCACCAAUGCCCUGAUGUCAAGUAUGGCAAACGUGUUCACAUUCUUCCUGUGGAUGACACCAUUGAAGGAGUGACUGGAAAUCUUUUUGAUGCUUACCUGAAACCGUAUUUCCUUGAGUCGUACCGGCCAGUGAGGAAGGGUGACUUCUUUCUUGUAAGGGGUGGGAUGAGAAGUGUUGAGUUCAAAAUCAUUGAGACCGAUCCCGGCGAGUACUGUGUUGUUGCCCCAGACACCGAAAUCUUCUGUGAGGGAGAACCUAUAAGAAGGGAGGACGAGAACAGGCUGGAUGAAGUCGGUUAUGAUGACGUCGGUGGGGUCCGCAAACAGAUGGCUCAGAUCAGGGAACUUGUUGAGCUUCCACUAAGGCAUCCCCAACUCUUCAAAUCAAUCGGAGUUAAGCCCCCAAAAGGAAUCCUUCUAUUUGGGCCUCCUGGGUCAGGUAAGACCCUGAUAGCUAGGGCAGUUGCAAAUGAAACAGGUGCGUUCUUCUUCUGCAUUAAUGGACCGGAAAUAAUGUCAAAAUUGGCGGGAGAGAGCGAAAGCAAUCUUAGGAAAGCGUUUGAGGAAGCAGAGAAGAAUGCACCAUCAAUUAUCUUCAUUGAUGAGAUUGAUUCGAUUGCCCCCAAACGGGAGAAGACGAAUGGGGAAGUUGAGAGAAGGAUUGUUUCUCAGCUAUUGACACUUAUGGAUGGGCUGAAAUCCAGGGCACAUGUCAUUGUCAUGGGAGCCACAAACCGGCCCAAUAGCAUCGAUCCUGCACUGAGGCGGUUUGGGAGAUUUGAUCGGGAAAUCGACAUUGGUGUCCCCGAUGAAGUUGGUCGUCUUGAGGUUUUUCGCAUACAUACAAAGAACAUGAAGCUUGCUGAAGAUGUUGAUUUGGAAAAGAUUGCUAAGGAUACACACGGCUAUGUCGGUGCUGAUUUAGCAGCAUUGUGCACGGAAGCUGCUCUUCAGUGCAUCAGAGAGAAGAUGGAUGUAAUUGAUUUGGAAGAUGAAACCAUUGAUGCAGAAAUACUUAACUCAAUGGCUGUUAGCAAUGAACACUUCCAAACUGCUCUUGGAACUAGCAAUCCUUCUGCGUUGCGUGAAACUGUUGUUGAAGUUCCUAAUGUCUCCUGGGAAGAUAUUGGCGGCCUCACAAAUGUCAAGCGCGAACUCCAAGAGACUGUGCAAUACCCUGUGGAACAUCCUGAGAAGUUUGAGAAGUUUGGGAUGUCUCCCUCAAAGGGUGUGUUGUUCUAUGGACCACCUGGGUGCGGGAAAACUCUGUUGGCUAAGGCUAUUGCCAAUGAAUGUCAGGCAAAUUUCAUCAGCAUCAAAGGUCCAGAACUGCUUACUAUGUGGUUUGGCGAGAGUGAGGCCAAUGUUAGAGAAAUCUUUGAUAAGGCACGCCAAUCUGCUCCUUGUGUCCUUUUCUUUGAUGAAUUGGAUUCAAUCGCUACACAGAGAGGUUCUUCAGUAGGAGAUGCAGGUGGGGCAGCAGAUAGGGUUUUGAAUCAACUCCUCACAGAAAUGGAUGGAAUGAAUGCCAAAAAGACAGUUUUCAUUAUUGGUGCCACAAACCGGCCUGAUAUAAUAGAUCCAGCUCUUCUCCGCCCUGGCCGUCUUGACCAGUUGAUUUACAUCCCUCUUCCCGAUGAAGAUUCUCGUCACCAGAUCUUUAAGGCCUGCUUGAGGAAGUCUCCGGUCUCCAAGGACGUUGACCUAAGAGCUCUUGCCAAAUACACUCAAGGCUUCAGUGGAGCUGACAUCACAGAAAUCUGCCAGCGUGCAUGCAAAUAUGCCAUUAGAGAGAACAUUGAAAAGGAUAUUGAGAGGGAAAGGAAAAGGAGUGAGAACCCAGAGGCUAUGGAGGAGGAUGUUGUAGAUGAGGUGGCAGAGAUCAAGGCGGCUCACUUUGAAGAAUCAAUGAAGUAUGCACGAAGGAGUGUGAGUGAUGCAGAUAUCAGGAAGUACCAGGCGUUUGCGCAAACACUGCAGCAGUCUAGAGGUUUUGGCUCAGAAUUCAGAUUUUCAGAUGCUGCCACCUCAGGGGCUGCCGCCGCUGACCCCUUUGCUACUUCAGCCGGUGGCGGUAGAGCUGACGACGAUGACGACCUAUAUAGCUAGAAGAUUUGUGUCAUCAUUCUUCAUCUACCUACUUUAUAAAAACACAUUUAAGUUAUUUUGCUUUUUUUUUUAUGCUGCGGCAGCAUUUCUACAUUUGUAAACUCAGUUCAAUUGGCUUUAGCUGAUGGUCUCUUGUUUUUGCGCAUCUCUUAAAUGUCAAAGUUGGCUUGCACCAGAUGCAAUGCAUAAAUUCGAUCCGGUUUGGGUUGUUUGACGAGGUUUAACACUUUAACAGUCCUAUACACACUUGUUCCUUAACUUCCUUUUACCUUUUAUACUCGUAUAGUAGUAUAUGAGAGGAAGUAUUUCUUGUUUGAUGUCCUUGACACCCA